AUGGAGGAAGAUCCGGCCGUAACGACGCGCGUAGGACGCGUCGUAGUGCCGUCAACGAGAGCUCGAGAAGCUCUGGAAGGUGCUGACAGCACCGAUGCCACCACUGCAACUAGGAGGACAACGUCAAAAGUGAAGCCAACUGCAGUGAGGAAGGCUGCUAAUCAGAUUGAGGAGAGACAGUGCGCUCAGGACGAAAACCAAAUGAUACUUAGAAAGAUGUGUCAGUACUUGGAGGGCAUCUAUCGGGAGGUCAAAAUUUUGAAAGAAACGCUUAGAACAAAACGACAUGAUCAAGAGACUACAGGCCUAAAUAGAAGUAAUCUAAAGCUAAGCUGCAGAAGACUGCAAGCAACUCCGGGAGCAGCUAGAUACCAUCGCGAAAGCCAGGGUAUACGCCUAGGCCCUCUCGGCCCUCCAGUGCCUCCUACAAUAGCUAAUAUACUAUUCUGUACAAUUGACACGUCUCAUGUUAGAGAAGAAGACAAAGCCAAGGCGCAGAUAGCUAAUGUUAGACAAAUGAUCAAAAAGGAGAUACAGGGAAAUGAAGGAAUGGAGACCUAG